UCUGCACCUCGCGUCCGCAACUUCGGCCGUGGGUUUUUCAUUUUAGUGCCCGCACGCGUAGAGAUGCUUCCAGACCUCGACGCCAUCCCCGCCGCCGCCACCGCCGCCAUCGCCGUCGCCGCCGUGCCUACCUUGCGGCAGUAAAACCACCCAUCUCGCCGACCUCGCUUCCUGGCCCUCGCCGACCUAGCCGUCGCUGACCUCGCCCCCUCUCCGACGUCGUCCAUCCUCCCCAACCUCUGCUCCGCCCUCUGCUUUCAAGCAACAGCCACAUGGAUAAACUGUUGUAUGUUCAAAAAGGCAAGGAAAAACCAGCAAGGGUUAUGAUUGGUGAAGGGACACACUGGUCAUGGCGCACGAGACAGUAUCGUCAGUGCAACAUUGCUCCGGAUGUGGUGGACCAAAAAGAUCGGGAGAUAUGUCAAUUCUGUGGUCUUAGAAAUGGAGCGCAGAUGGAGCUGAGGCGGGCGAUUGCCAACAAGACCCCUGGAGGCCAGUGUCACUUGAAGCUGGAUUAUGAGUCCCUGAUAAGGAGUUAUCUUGAGCUUCAUGGCCUGCCAGAGUAUGCUGACGAGAAACAGAAAAACGAGAUGGAGAAGGAAAUCAUUGAGAAGGAUAAGGACAGGUAUCACAGGGAAGAUGGGGCUUGUUGGUGUUUGAAGAACCUUGGGAUCAGAGCCUUCGUUGGAAACACUCCGUAUGUUCAUAGGUUAGGGAUUGAUGAUUACCACCUCUAUCCUAGGAUGCCAGCUGAGGAUGUGUGGACAUAUGUGGAAGAAGGGAGAGCUGUUAUGUGUAAGGUGCUUUGCGGGCAAGAAUUCUAUGAGCUCAAGGCUGAUGAAAUUUAUGCAUGGAUUCCGCAAUAUGAUGGGGAAAAGAAGCAGUUUGUGGAGAUGCCUGAGAAGCACCAGGUAGUGCUAAUAGGCAAUGGAAACGCUGGUCCGGAACUGGAGUUUGAACAGUACCACCCAUUUUGCAAUUCUCAUGGCAUAGAAUUUGCGAACGGGGGUGACGGCUGUGUAUUCUUCGAGGGCUUGUUGGAAUUUUGUCUGGUGGAGAUAAAGGCGGAGCCGAAACACAUCACGACUCGUUUGGCAGAGAUCAGUGACCGUCCACUUCCUAGGCGGCGUGCUGCAGUCCCUUCUCAGCCUCACCCUACUCAGCCCCCUUCCGACUCCUCAGUGUGGCGUCCUGCUGGCCCAUCUCCUCAAUAUCCCCCUACUCGGCCCCCUUCCGACUCCUCAUGGUGGCGUCCUGCUGCCCCAUCUCAUCAAACUCCCCCUAUCCGCCCCUCUUCUGAAAUGUCAUGGCGGCGUAUCGGUGACCCUGACCCCACUCCACCGCGCCAGGCCCCCAAUGUGUGGCUGCCCAGGCCACGUGAUCCUCCUCGCCGGGCUUCUCCUCCGCGUGACCGCAGCAAGAUCAACAAGGACAGGUGGCGAUAGGCCGUCUUAACUUCUGAUAUUUAAAAUGUCUUCUAGUUGAGGUUCUGACAUUGCGGUGGAGUCCUAGAAUGGUCUUGUUAUUCUCUUAGUGAGCUGAGAUGUACUUGCUGUUUGUGGUGCCUGGGUGUGCACUAGUUUCUGCAAAUGCAUGUUCAUUCAGCUUCUGGUGUGAUUCAAGUUGAGGUGGUGCACUAGGUGUGCCUGGGUGAGCACUAGUUUCUGCCAAUGCAUGUUCAUUCAGCUUCUGGUGUGAUUCAAGUUGAUAUGGUGAUGCUAGUGUGUCCGGACGCCAGCCUGCAGUGGGCGCUGCGUUGUUGGUUUUGAUUACAUGGCGGCCUGUGUGCGCCCUCCUUUCCCUUCCCAUUGUAGCAGUUUCUGUGUCCAUCCUUCUGCAUUGUUGAGCAGUCACGUAUUUGAUUGUUGACUUAGAUUUAUGAUUCCGGGGCACAUCUGUUAUGGAACAACUGAGUGCUUUGUUCCGAGUAUGUUGACAUUUUUUAGUAAAUCUCUGGUCUGUUAUGGAAGAUAGUCAAUCAUUUUCUAGCAUCAAACUCGAGCUUGUGGAUUACCCACCUUCAAACCAUAGUCAGCAUGUAUGA